UAAAAAUAAUCGAAAUCCAUUACCAGACACCGAUACUCUCUCCCACCUUCCAUCUCACCCUUCUCCCUCUCUCCCUCUCUCCCUCUCCCGGCAAGAAAAUCCGAACUUGUUCUGCGAUUUUGCCCUAAUUCCCCCCUCUGCUCCAUUGCUUCGAAUCAUUUUUUUUUUUUUUGUGUGUUGAGUUUUUUGUUGGUUGGGGUGGGAGGGUGCCGUUAGGGUUCCGGUUGUGGCAAUGGAGCCGGGCGCUGCUGUGGGGGCAUUGUGAGUUCGCUAGGGUUUUGAUUUCUGCAACCCGACCAGGUUUCCGAUUCAGGGCUUUAUCGGCAACGAGCUAUGGCGGACGAGUUGCAGAUGAGCCCUCAGAUGGAGCAGAUCCACGGGGAAAUCAAGGACAAUUUCAGAGCCCUGGCAAAUGGAUUCCAGAAGAUUGAUAAGAUCAAAGACUCCAACAGACAAGGUAAACAGCUGGAGGAGCUUACAGGAAAGAUGAGAGAAUGUAAGAGACUAAUUAAAGAGUUCGAUCGAGAAAUUAAAGAUGAGGAAGCCAGGAAUCCUCCUGAGGUGAAUAGGCGGCUCAAUGAUGAGAAGCAAUCUCUGAUUAAAGAAUUAAAUUCAUAUGUGGCACUGAGAAAAACAUAUAUGAAUACAGUUGGAAAUAAGAAACUUGAACUUUUCGAUAUGGGAGCAGGAGGUAGUGAACCUACAGCUGAGGAGAAUGUUCAAGUGGCAUCAUCAAUGACCAAUCAAGAACUCGUUGAUGCUGGGCAUAAGACAAUGGAUGAGACUGAUCAAGCCAUUGAACGCUCCAAGAAGGUUGUUGAACAAACUGUUGAAGUGGGAACCCAGACUGCUGUCACCUUAAAGGGCCAAACUGAGCAAAUGGGUCGAAUAGUAAAUGAUUUGGACACCAUUCAAUUUUCUAUCAAAAAGGCUUCCCAGCUCGUGAAGGAAAUUGGCCGACAGGUGGCAACGGAUAAAUGCAUAAUGUUGUUUCUCUUCCUUAUCGUGUGUGGUGUAAUAGCUAUCAUUAUUGUGAAGAUUGUGAAUCCAAGCAACAAGGACAUCAGGGACAUUCCUGGCUUAGCCCCUCCGGCGCCCACAAGGAGGCUGUUGUAUUUGGGGGACCGUGUUGGAGAUUUUGAGUAGAUCCAGGCCCUUGUUACGGAAAUGCAACUGAUCGUCUUAUCUGGUGGAAUGGAAGGAAUGUCGGCAAGGUCCGACUUUUGUUAUCUGUGAGCAUGUACAUGGGAAUCAUCGGUCUCCUUUUUUCUUUUUACUCUACAUAUCUAUUCUUGCUUCAAGGUAUGCAUUUCCUUGUUUAUGAUUCAUAUUUUUCUGUGUAAAUCAUUUUAGUGAGGUCCUUUUGCUGCACUGUUGUGAAGCCGUGUUUUUUUUUUUCCUGUAAGCCUUUCCGUGCUGUAGAGACGGGAAUAAUACACUACACUACUUUGAGACUCCGCGUGUUUGUACAUGUACUCUUUGUUACUGCCUUUGUUUGAGGAUAUAAAUUUGCUUGUUUUUCAUCAAA